GUAUAAGAGCAGGGCUACUACUACAUCUAAAGUCUUUCUUGUCCGGUGGGAUGCAUGUCUGUUUCUGAGUGGACAUGCCUUCAUCAUGGCAGCUUCCCUAACGAAUCAACGCCGUUAGCUUGCUAGCUUGCACAUGGGUCAUGGAGAUAUGUUCUGCUGCUUGAUGGCAGGGGCCAUAUACUCGGUCGGCUUGCUGCCCUGGUGGCUUAACAGGUUCUCCUGGGACACAAAGUAGUGGUGGUGAGAUGUGAAGGCAUCAACAUCUCCGGAAACUUCUACCGUAACAAGCUGAAGUACCUGGCUUUCCUGCGCAAGAGGAUGAACACCAACCCCUCUCGUGGACCGUUCCACUUCAGAGCCCCCAGCAGGAUCUUCUGGAGGACUGUCAGAGGCAUGCUGCCCCACAAAACCAAGAGAGGACAGGCUGUUCUGGACAGGCUGAAGGUGUUCGACGGUAUCCCCCCACCCUAGGACAAGAGGAAGCGCAUGGUGGUUCCAGCUGCAGUUAAGAUUGUGCGUCUGAAGCCCACUCGCAAGUUUGCUCUUCUUGGGCGUCUGGCACAUGAGGUUGGCUGGAAGUACCAGGCCAUCACAGCCACUCUGGAGGAGAAGAGAAAGGAGAAGGCUAAGCUCCGCUACGGCAAGAAAAAGACAACCAUCAAGCUGACCAAGGUGGCAGAAAAGAACGUUGAGAGCAAAAUCGCAAGAUACACGGACGUUCUGAAACAAUAUGGAGUCCUUGUCUGAUCUAGUUGUCUCUGGCCAAUAAAGAGAAAUACAUGUUUAUAGAAA